CACAAGGGCAGGACCGCGUCCCGGAGCUGCCUGAAGCAGCUAGCUCUUUACUCAGACGGAACCCUUUCCUAUUUGGUUAUUACACCAAAGUGAGAAUCUCGGAGCACUGCUAUCGAGCUUCCUCCACAGCCUCAGCUGGAAAUCUGGGUCUGAAUCGGGAUGCGAGUCAUCUGAGAGGCUGCCUACACCGCGGAGAAAGUGACGGACGGAGCAGAGAGCCUGAGCACCGGGAUUUACACAGCGUCAGUUUUGGAUAUAUCAGGCUGCUGCUUUGGCCCAGCCUUGAUUUAUUUCAGGGUACCUUCAUACAAUUUCACCUAAAAGAUAUUACUAACAUUUCCAUGAUAAAUAUUAGCCUACCUAAGGUCUAAAGUGAGCAGGCAGACCACUUUAAACCCAUGCGUAACAGCGGUGGAUUUUGGAAUACUGCGUAGCAGUUAAACCAUCUAGUCUUUCUAUGAACAGUCUUGUUAUUUGGGAAUAUCUACAAUCAAAUAAAAGAGCACCCAGGACCUUCUACUUUGUUCCGGAGGCUAAACGCUGAAAACCCGAGGCGCACUUGGUGCGCAAUCCUUUCGAGGACGCUCCUGAAAUUGCCGACCUGCGCUUUUGCCCUCGACAAAAAUUGGCAGCCGAGUCGAGAAAAAAGGCAAAGGCUUAUUAACUUUGCAUGCUAGAGGCUAGAGUGUGGAAUCUAAUUCACAGGGUUAUACCGGUGUAUUUGCAUAUACCAUCGGAAGAGGAGGAUAAACUUUAUCAUCUUUUUACGUCGACAAAGCAGCUGCUGGAUGUUGGAGAACAAAAUGAAUCUUUUUUAAUUUGGACCCCAGAAGUGUGAGGCAGAUUGCUCAGUGAGUCCUACGAUCUGCAUGGAGUUCUAGUCUGCACUACGGAGCAAUUUAUGAUAACGCCAUCAAUCACCACGUACACACAGCUGCCCUGGAAGGAAUGUGCCUGAGUGCUGCUGCUCUCUGUGUGAGCCUGUGUGUUUGUUUUGAGGACGCUUUCAUAGACAGGAGAUGCGGUCCAAUGGUCGUGUGGAUGUGCUGUGUGAAGCUGCGGAGUGACCGGCCCUGGACUGUGCUCUGAAACCGUGUCAACUGCACUGCUCUGGUGCAGGUUGGCCGCAGAACUCCCCCGGCUGUAGUACCGUGCCCACCUCGCCAUGCUGGCCUGUCUGCAGAGGAGGCAAAAUCCUCCACCCCAGCACCCGGUGUGUGCCAGCAAGACCCUGGAGCCUCCACAAGUCCUCGGACGAAAAUGUGAGCUGGUUGUGCCUACACAUUCACCACGCUACCCCACUGCGGCAGAACUCGACGCCUUUGCGCAGAAGACAGCAAGCAGUCCGCUGUCCAUCAAGAUCUUCCCCACCAACAUCAGGGUUCCCCAGCACAAGCACCUUAAUCGAACAGUAAACGGAUAUGACACCACAGGGCAACGCUACAGUCCCUACCCACACAUCCAAACAGGGGGCUACCAUGGCCUGCUUGCCAUUGUCAAGGCCUCCUCAUCUUUGACAUCAUCAUCAACAUCUACCUUUCUUCCAUCAAAAGGAGUUCUCAAGAACUCUGAUGGCAGACGGACUAAGCUCUCUCCAGCACACAUAGCUGUUGCUCCGUACCCGCCCCCUACUAGUAGCACUUUAGCCAGUGGCCAAGGUCAAAUGGUCUACCACACAGGGCCCUCGAAGCCUCCAGAAGGCAGUGGACUGUCUGUUCCCCCAAACGUCACUGUGGCCGGCUCAGUAAUUCCUGUAACAGGGGGUCGAGGCCUGGCCCUGCCUGCACAGUCAAACCUCCCCUCCAUCCAGAGCAUCAUCUACCAGAUCAACCAGCAUUGCCAGGCCCAGGCUCUGCAGCAGGUGUGCCAAGGGGCGGCCACCACCUCAUCGUCAAACUCCAGCCCCUCCAAGCAGGGCACAACUAUCAUGGGGCUCUCUUCUAGCUCCUCAGGUGGAGGCUACGUGGUGGGAAUGGCUCCCCAGGCUAAUAUGUUGUAUGCAGGGCCUGGGCUGCCAGCUCAGAACGCAGAGGCGAUGAAGAGUGGCGUGUAUGCAGAUGGUAUGGACUACAUCAUCUGGCAGAAGCAGCAACAACAACAACAGCAACAGCAGCAACAACAGGCUAUGCUCCGUAUGUACAGUGGAGGAAGUGGAGGUGGGGGCGCCAUCAGUAAGUCCCCUGAGACUUGUGUUCCAGGUGGAGGGAUAAUGGGGGCCCAAGUGUCCUCCUCUUCCUCCAGACCUUACCACCUGACGAUGAGUGCAAACGGAGGAGGAGGUGGGCUGGACAAAGUCAGCUCCUCCCCUUUGAACUGCAUGGGCAUGCACGGGAAUUUCUCAGUGGGUCAAUACUUUGCCCCACCCUGGAACAGUGUGCUGGUGACACCGGAUAGUGACUGCUAUAACCCCCAGGAGCUUCUGGGCACCUCCACAGGAGGGCCGGCAACUGGGCACAGAGAGAUGGGAUACCCCCAACACCAUCACCACUACCACCACCCUCAUCAUCCUCACCCUGCCAUAGACAGUGGGGGAGGCAUGUGCUGCAGCCUGCCCAGCAAGAGCAUGUGCAACACGUCGGUGCUGAGCAGCAGCCUGCAGUCUCUUGAGUACCUGAUCAACGACAUCCACCCGCCCUGCAUCAAGGAGCAGAUGCUCGGCAAAGGCUAUGAGACUGUGUCAGUGCCACGUCUGUUAGACCACCAGCAUGCACACAUUCGCCUCCCUGUUUACAGAUAGAGGAGGAAGAGAAUCAAGAGAAGAAAAUCAAAGUUAAAGAACAGAGUUGUUUUUUCAGAGUGGCACUGCUUUAACAAAGUGUGGGAGCUUAUAGAAGAGCAGGUGUUGUGCUGUGUGACCAUAGGUUUGAUGGUUUCAAUGAAAGCAGUGGGAAUCCCAAAUAUAAAAGAUGGUAUUUGUUGCCAGUGGGAGAGAAAAGGGAUUUAAACAUUCUCCAGAUGUUCCAUUGUGUGGUUUGCCAAUAGGAAUUUUGGAUUGAUUUCUAUUUUAUUUUUCUUCUUUGUUGUUGUUGUUGUUUUUUUUUUGCCUGAACAUUUUUGAUGAGAAUCAUAGGUUUGACUUGAAGUGCAUAAUGGCACUUGUAUCCCCUUCCAAAUACUAAGAUGAAGCUACUGUGUAGGUUGUCACUGAAUGGUCUUAAAGGGCCAAAGUUUAGUGCUGCUCUCAAAAUCCAAAACUCUGAAAUACAGUUCAUCGACAACACAUAGAGAAACACAUACAGAUACAAAAAGGUACUGAUAAACCAGGAGGCUUCAACUCUAGGCAGUACUUGGGUGGAUAUGUACAAGGAUCAUAAGGUUGAAUUAAAAGGAUAGUACAAUAUUAUUAGUUAUAAUUGCUGUUUUAAUUGAUACAUAAAUUGCACUGCGUGAAUCUUGUUAACUUUGAAGUUUGGAAUUGGGUAGUUUGGAUAUGAUAUAUUUAAGAAACUUUAAAACUUGAACCUAUUUUUUGUUGUUUUAUAUAUUUGUAGGUAUAUUAUAUGCAUCAGCUGCUAUGGGGAAAAGUGUCUCAAAUGUUUUUUUUUCAUUUUAUUUGUUUUGUUUUUUUUCAUUUUUGUUUUCUAUGAUUUAAUAAUUCCUCCUCAAGCUGAUGUGCAGUUUCUUAUGUCCUGGUGUGAGGCAUAGUUGCUGCUUUGGUUCUGUAAGAACCUUGUUUGGAGAGCUCUUUUUUCCUUACCAACACUGGAAUCUACAAUAAAUCUUGAAAUACUUAUUUAAAAAGAAAAUGUUGCAAAAAAUACAAGAAAAAGAAAUGUUACACUGAAGAAUGUGAUUGGGAGGUUAUCUACAUAACCUUAUGUGUAUGUUUGUGCGUGUAUGUGGCUGAGUGCAUGCGCGUGUGUGCAUUUUUAGUUUAUGUUCUUCAAAAUCCUCAGACUUUUUUUUCUGCAAUUGAGUCAUUGCAAGAUGUGGACCACCAAGACUGAGAUAGUGAUUCACUUGUCCCAUUAAGAUCAUAUCUGAAACUUUUAUAUUUUACAAAUCUUGCUCCUUUUUAUUAGAGGCUUUGGAUGUUUUCUGGAGCAAAAGUAGAGAUAAUUUCUCUUAUGACUCCUGUAGUUACAGUGCUACAUCUCCUACUUCGCUCUAAUAUUAUCAUAAUGACAGAAAGAGGUAGGAACAAAUGGAAGUCCUAUUUAAUCCUUCAAACAAUAACAAAAUGAUAACAAUCAUGCCCUGUCCUCUGGCAUCAGAUGAAACCAGACAAGGCUCUGCUUUUUCCUCGUCCAUUUCAGCCCCUGGUUGGGAUUUUAUUCAGCCCAGGCCGGUCUUAACUUGAUGAUUGAGAGCAGUGAAAUAUUUAUUAUGACUGUGAGAUUCCCUUGAAUGUACUGCACUUAAAUUACUGCAAUGUUUUAUUGCCUUGUGGGACUCAAGUGAAAGAGAAAAAAUUGGACAGCAGUCCUCUGGUCUUAAAUUAGCAUUUCUUUUGUCCGUCAAAUUUCAAUGCUAAAUUGAAUUUGGAAACUGGCGAGAGAGAGAGAGAGCGAGCCGGAGCUUUGUUGUUGGGAAAUACUGGCAUCAGUCGAGAUUUAUGAAGUGCAAUUAUUAUGACUGUAUUAACAUUUUUCUCUGAGCUUACACCAAAAAAUGUAAACUACAGUUGUCAAUACAUUCCCAAUGUACCACAUCCCUAAUCCCUCUCCUUUUUUGUUUUGAGGUGUAAAAUAAAUUUCUUUAAGAAGAGA